AUGCGUCUUAACGCUUCUCUGGCGUCGCUUAUCCUAACCUCCAUAGCUCUCAUUGGCAAUGUCCAUGCGGAGGAUGAGGUUGAGGGAAAGCCCUCAUCCACAUCUUCCGUGAUUGAGAAACCUCUUUUCACUCCCACUACUCUCAAAGCUCCAUUCCUCGAGCAAUUCACCGACGAUUGGGAGACACGGUGGACACCCUCUCAUGCCAAGAAGCAGGACUCAUCAUCAGAGGAGGACUGGGCUUAUGUUGGAACUUGGGCCGUCGAGGAGCCACAUGUCUUCAACGGCAUGAAGGGCGACAAGGGCUUGGUGAUCAAGAAUGCCGCCGCCCAUCAUGCCAUUUCAGCCAAGUUCCCCAAGAAGAUUGAUAACAAGGGCAAUACCCUAGUGGUUCAAUAUGAAGUUAAGCUUCAGAACGGUCUCAAUUGCGGUGGCGCCUACAUGAAGCUUCUCCAGGAUAACAAGAAGCUCCACGCUGAGGAAUUCUCGAACGCUUCCCCAUAUGUGAUCAUGUUUGGACCCGACAAGUGUGGAGUUACCAAUAAAGUCCAUUUCAUCUUCAGACACAAGAACCCAAAGACUGGCGAGUACGAAGAGAAGCACCUGAAGAACCCACCAGCCGCCCGUGUCAGCAAGCUGUCCACUCUGUAUACCUUGAUCGUCAAGCCAGAUCAGUCCUUCCAGAUCUUGAUCGACGGUGAAGCCGUGAAGAAUGGCACACUGCUUGAAGACUUUAGCCCCGCUGUCAAUCCUCAAAAGGAAAUUGAUGACCCUGAAGACAAGAAGCCAAAGGACUGGGUUGAUGAAACUCGUAUCCCCGAUCCCACCGCUACCAAGCCCGAUGACUGGGACGAGGAUGCGCCCUACGAGAUUAUAGAUACUGAAGCAACCAAGCCUGAUGACUGGCUGGAUAGUGAACCUGAUAGCAUUCCUGACCCAGAGGCUCAGAAGCCUGAGGACUGGGAUGAUGAAGAAGACGGAGAUUGGGCAGCCCCGACAAUUCCCAACCCCAAGUGCAGCGAAGUGUCUGGCUGUGGCAAAUGGGAGGCACCUAUGAAGAAAAACCCAGACUACAAGGGCAAAUGGACCCCUCCUAUGAUCGAUAAUCCGGCCUACAAGGGACCAUGGACGCCGCGCAAAAUCCCCAAUCCCAACUACUUCGAAGACAAGACUCCCGCUAACUUCGAACCUAUGGGUGCUAUCGGAUUCGAAAUCUGGACCAUGCAAAACGACAUUCUCUUCAACAACAUCUACAUCGGCCACUCAAUCGAAGAUGCGCAGAAACUCAAGUCAGAGACCUGGGACAUCAAACACCCAAUCGAGGUUGCGGAAGAGGAAGCCACACGCCCCAAGGAUGAUGAGAAGGACAGCUCCUUUGUCAGCUUCAAGGAGGCUCCCGUACAAUUCGUACGUGAGAAGAUCAAUCUCUUCAUCAGCAUUGCGCGUAAGGAUCCCGUGCAGGCAGCCAAAAGCGUUCCGGAGGUCGCUGGAGGUCUGGGUGCUCUUGUCAUCACUCUUGCCCUCAUCAUUGUCGGUGCGAUUGGCCUCAGCAGUCCUGCCCCAGCACCCGCUGUUGCGAAAAAGGUGGAUGGAAAGGAGAAGGAUGGUGCUUCCAAGGAGAAGGCUGCGGAGGCAGUUAGCACUACGGCGGAUAAUGUGAAGGGGGCAGCUACGCGAAGAUCGGGCAAGGCUAAUAAUGAGUAA